CACGGAGGAACGUGCAGCGACAGACAAGCGCCGCAGAAGUAAAAAUGAAAAACCAUUCCUUUCCGUGCAUAAAUGACGACGACGCACGUUUUAGGCUGAAAGUUGAAAGCAAAACGAAAAACAUCUUUGUGACGCAGAAUGAGGAGGAAAGAGAUGAAGAAGAUGAAAACGUUAAUCGAAUUCCAGUCAUAACAGAGGACUCUGGCAGACUCCUAGAAAUGGGAGUGAACACUCUUCAGAGGACCCUUGUCCUCAGGAGGAAGAUGGCUGUGGACCGGGUUGAAAUGCAGCUGGCCCUCAAACGGCAGGAGUUCCAGGAACGUAUGAAGGCUGUGGCUCAUCGGAAAGCUGAACUUCACCGCAAGCAAGAGGAGAAAGAAGAUCUGGUGAUGAAAUUUGAGAAGCUCGUGCAGGAAAACAAGGCAAAGCAGCAGCAGGAGCUGAAGAAGCAUCGGCUGGAGAGGAAGCAGAAUGAACUGGAGAAGGAGUUGGAGGAACUCAGGCAGCAGCUGGAGACCCUGGAACUUAGGAAGAAGUACCUAAGAGAGAAGGCGAACAGAUAUAGAAUUUAUGAAGACUAUUUACUCAAAGUUUUAGAUCUGCUUCCUGAGAACUACAUGGAACAUGGAACAGACACACCAGUCAUGCCCAUCAUCCAACGGCAUGAGACUCUGUCUAUCACACAUGGGGACCUGCAGGAAAGGCUGGAGGGCCUGAUGGAGGAACUUAAGAGGCGCAAGCAUGAUCUAGAAGCCAUGAGGCAGGAGCUUGACACUAGGAAGCUGAUCACAAAAAGGAAGCUCUCUGAGCUGCAGACCCAAUGGGACACGGAGAAAGAGAAGAAUAUACGCCUGGAGAUGAACCUGCAGAUGAAACAGGGCCAAUCCAGAGAGCGGAAUAAGGGGAUGGGGAGUCUGUUCACAGCAAUUAGAAAUCUGGGCGAGCAGUGUCACCUACAGCAUUAUGGAUCACUAGAAGACAUGGACCUUUUAAGCAUGAUGGAUAUGAUUAAGGAAUUCAUUGUGGAGAAAUCAGAAGUGGAAAAAAUGGCAAAGGACCCUCGUGCGUGUUUGCCGGGUGCAGGGGGGCUUCCUGACAUUAGAAGGGCCAAAGUUUCACCAGCAAAGUCUGACAGUAAGACAGCACUAAAGACAAGCAGCAAGACCAGCAGUAAGAACAGCCUGACAAGUGGCUCAUGGGUAUAAAUACAGAGCCCUGAGGAACACCCACUGAUUCCUAUCACGUGCAGCUAGUGAAUACUGGCAAUAUAUAGUAAAG